AUGUUUAAAGCCUUCCUCAAACUGGUCUCUCCGAGAGAAAGCGACAAGGGAAACAAUCCACGAUGCAUUCAAGAUGGCAUGGUGAAGUACGAUUUUCAAGAAACAGUUCCUUAUGCUGCGGGUCAUGUGGCCAAAGCGCCUGUUCCAGAUGACUUUGAAGAAGAUCUCCCAAGUUACGGAUUGGAUCCAACGUGGGCGAUAGUCUAUGUCCGUUCUAUUGAACUUAAACGAUGUCAUGACACUUCAGUAGUGUCCAGAAUGUUACACUGGUCGCAUACGUUUACGUUGAAUAAACCAGCGUUGACUAGGCCAUUAGCCAAUUUGAUUACUGUUACGUCUAGGUCAAACAAGUACUUGACAAUCGAGGACUACUGCAAGAUGGCAUCCGGGGACAAAAUGCAGCGUAAUGAAGGACUUUUCGGUCGUGCGUCUAAGGAGAUGAAAGAGUUUAUUCUUGCUUUACAACCUAGCAGAAUACAACUGGUAUUCUCCGAGUUAAGCGAGCCUAAGGGCACAUCGAAACAAUCAUACUACAAGUCCAGGAGCAACUACAGUGGUAGAAGUUUUAAAGCAGGAAGUUCUUCGAAGGCGUCAUCCGCUCUAGGAUCUGGCCGCAAACAGAAGAUUGGCUUCGCUGAUGAGGAUGAUGGGAGUGCUAUAGAAUCUCAAAUUGCCCGCGCUCUGUCACUAGAUAUGUAUGGAACAAGAUUGAAAAAUGCAGAUCGUCUCUUUGUCUCUUCACCUGGGUCAUAGCCGGGUAUGGCAGCUGAUUGAGUGCACUGAGGUCUUCUACCUGCUUUCUGAAUGGGAU